AUGGUCCUUCUUUAUCUUUUCUUUUUCCUAAAACCAACCAAAUAUGGAAGUAAUAAGCUCUCCCACAUUUACUCUCCUAUUCUUAUCACGUUAUUGUUUAUUUAUGUGUUUUCUGUAAAAUUGUUCAAUCUGUCUCCUCCCUUCUCCCUUCUAGCCGCGGGCCCUUGCUGUUCUAUAAUGUGA